CCCGGAUAUGGCAUGUGCGUGUCGAUAGUAUUGCAUUUCUGAAUUGCCGGGUGCCACAUUUGCCAGUCUCGCACGCCUGUACGGAUCCUGCACACUGUCAUACUCACCUGCCAGUAGCCUUCUCGUGAGGUCUGAUUGAGCCAGCCACGAAUAACACCUUGCGUCUGCAUGCAUUGAUUCUGGCUACGUUCAGCCCAUGAGCGCUUGGGUUCCUAACGAUCUCGCCAUGUGAUGCCUGAAGCAUUCCCAUGCUAUAAAUCUUCAGCACGUAUCAUGGAGACCCAGCAAUUUGCAAGUGGGUUCUCCUUCAAUCCACUCGCGUUGCAGGGAUAUUUCCAUGCGCUUCCUGCACCCUUUCGGGAGUCGGUUGAGUGUAACCAAGGAUAUCGAAAAGUAGAGGAUUGUGUAAUAUAUCGAGCGACCGUAGCAACAGCUAUGAAAAAUUGCAGGAGCCACAACGAGAAAGCAACGGAGUCUGACUACGGAGAAAAGCUUAUCUGCACAAACGGUCAGAGUGUCUUCACCUCUAUCCUAUGGAACGGCCCCCGUUAUAUGAUCACCCAACCCUUGGGUAAUCACCGAGCUACUUCAUUGGUAUGCCUACUUUCUCGUUUGUUCGUAUUAGUUCUCGCCCUAGUGUCGAAUAAGCUUACUCCAGAGGGUCCAGGCUACUUCAAGCAAAUCGGGGGAGUGUGGCGCCAUGUGCCUCGUAAAAUCAUAUUAUCCGUCUUGCUUGCUCUGCCUUCUUUGCUUACUUGUUCUUCUAUGUCUUUCAUUCGCUGGCCAGUGGUGAUCCCAGCAGGCUAAGCAAGGGGCCCUGGGGAAGGCGCGCACUACCGGGGCGAAAUAAGGCAGCUCCUAAGUUAGCCUGUUGUACCAGUAUAACUCGGUGAGCACAACCCAUCUUCCUCUCUAAAGUGCCUUCAUACCAAUCAGAAUCGCUGACACCCUCAUCGCAAGGUCAUAUAUAGG